CACCUCCCCCCCCCGCCUCUCUCAAGAAAGAUAAACUCAAUGGGGGCGUCUAUUUUUAACCUCGUGUUCUUUCCUUUUGGCAGAGCAAUCGGUGUUAGCUGAGCUCUUUUGCGGAAUGAAGCCAAGUACCCCUGUUCGUUGGCCUUUCGGAAUGACCAGCCGAUUCACACAGCUCCAGAGACGGAACCUUUUUGCAUGAAGCCCGGUUCUGCUACUACAGCAACAUCAUGUCAAGCAAUGGCAGUUCUGACGGCCCACCUUCCACGACAACCGUUAGUUCGGUUCUGGUUCAGGCUGGAGACUGCAAAAUCAUCAUAGCUAUAUUGAAGUGUGGUGAUUGGGUGCAGCUCCAGCUGGCUGAAUCAGUACCAAAUUUAUUAGAAAUCGGCAGCAAUCAAGAAGAGACCAAAAAGUUACUACAAGAUCAUGAACUUCUCCUGGCGAAGCUUAAGCCUUUGGAAGAACAAGUCUGGGACCUGUUACGCGAAGCGGACAAGACUGCAGCAGAAGCCAAAGAUAAAAGCCAGGUGUAUGAUGCUAUGGCAGAAACCAUGGGAGACGCAUGGGAUUCUCUUGUUAUUGUCCUGGAGAAGCGCAAGGCACUUUUGAAGCUGACUUCUGAUUUUUUUGAAAAUGCGCUGGAGUUUGCAAUCAAGAUCGACCAAGUUGAAGAUUUCCUGCAGAAUUCCCAAGAGUUUGAGAAUCCAGAAUCUCUGAGAGCAAUCCUGCAUCAGCAUGAACAACAUACAAGAGAUUUCACAAAUCAGAUUUCACGAACAGAGCUCUUAGAAAAGUCUCUGGUCCUCUUGAACAAAAGCCACGACCUUACCGAAUUCAUAGAGGAGUUCAAAUCUGACGGGCCGAAUGUGAACCCAGAAUUCGUUCACGGAGCCCACAGCAGCUGCACAAAAAUUGGCAGCCUCCUUGAAGUCCUGCAGGACAGGAGAAGGCAACUGGACAAAUACCUGAAGCUGCAGCGCCAAGGACUGGAGCAGGUUUUGCAAAUCUGCCAGUGGCAUCACCAGGAAAACCAGAUCACCUCUUCGUACAAGAAGAACAUAAAGGAUUAUUUUCAUAAGCAAAAGCUGGGGUCAUCUUUAAAAGAAAAUGAAGAAUUACUCCAGGAGCACAAGGAAAUGGAAAAUAAGGUUAAAGUAUGGAGCUCCAGUGUGGAAGAUCUGAAAUCAGAGGCUCUCAAGAUUCUGUUUUCAGAAGAGUAUGCUGAAAAAGAGCACCUGAAGCUUUCAAAUCAGAAAAUGAACCUGUUGCAACAGGAAGUGAACCGUUGUAUGGAAGAGCGGAAAGUGUUGUUGGAAGAAGCCAAUGAAUUCUUCACUGCAGCAGCGAAGGCGUGUGAUGCACUUAGAAAUGUAGAGGCCUCCCUUAAGCUUCUUAACUCUGAAGGCAUAAGCUCGCCUCUCUUGGCAAUAAAACAUGAGGAGCUGAAGAAAGAGAUUACAGAAGGAUCAGCUGAUGCCCUGCAGAAGGGACAAACCUUGCUUAGCAAAGGAGAUGCCCACAGUUCUUGGAUGACUGGUGUUCAGGAAAUGGUAAACUGCAUUAACAAAAGAGUAGAUGGACUGAUCAAACAGUGUCCUGCUUACAAGGAACUUGCCUCAGAAAAACAGCACUUAACCACCUCCUUAGACAAUUAUCUCAAGAAGGCCUCUACAAAGAUUAAGAACGUUGGUCCAAUAGUCUCAGCUGCAAUAAAUCCUGGAUCAUCUGUCCCUGAAUCAGAGAAAGUCCUGAACAAAUACUUAGAGCUUGCAAAUCAAACUAAGGAGAUGGCAACUGAACUGGAAUUAGCUGUGAGAAUUUUUAAAGAGAUGGAAGAACUGGAAACCACAGAAGUGGCAGUUUUCUCUAACAAAACUGACCUCUUGAAUGAAGAACUGACAACACUUAACAGAAAUAUUAGCUCAAAACUGGAAAUCCUGAAGCCGUAUGUAGCAUUUUUAAAGUCAUCCGAUGAGGUCGGAGGUGAUGCUCAGAGGCUGAAGGAAUUCUAUAUAAUGGAGGCCGUGCAAGAAGAUAGUGAAGCUAAAAAUGAGGCUUUGGUACAGUCUGCUGACGAUCAGUGGCAGAUGGUUUUAAAGAAGAUUCUUUCCACUCAAGACAUGGGACAUGACUUUCUAAAUUUAGUAAACAUGAUAAACGAGAAUCUAAUACUCAAUGUGGGAAGUGUUGUGCAAGUAACUGAACAUACUAUUGAUAUUCUGAACAAAGAGAAGGAAGAAUUGACACAGCUGUGGGCAACGUGGAAACUUAAUAUGAAUCAAGUAAAAUCCAUCAAGCAGCAGUGUGGGAAAUUUAAUGAACAAUUUAAAACAACUACCCAAAGCUUAAGCAUUCUUCAAGAGGCACUCAGGUCUACAACAGCACUUGAUCUUGGGAGUAACCUCUCAGUACUUAUAGAACUGCAAAAUAAAUUUAACCAUAUGAAGCCACGGUUUCAGCAACUCAAUGCUGAGGUGGAAUAUACAUUAAAGUUAUCAGAGCAGCUGAGCUUGAAAGGAGUGCCUGAUAUGGAAAAGUCUGAGAAAGUAAGUGAGCUUAUUCAUCUCCAUAAGGAGAUAAAGGAAAAGAUGGCAGAAUAUGAUGACAUUUUCAACAAGACUAUCAAGUUCCAUCAUGUCAAAGAGGAACUCGAAGGCCUCAUACAAUCAGGAGGACUGAAGAUCCCUGAAGUGAAAGAUGUGCCCAGCGACACUCCAUAUGCUAAGAUUCACUUGAAUAAUGCUCAGGAGAAGCACGCACAUAUCAGGCACCUGUACAAAUUGGCGCUCACUCUUGGAAUGGAUAUAAUUUCAGCAGUGCAACAUCCUAAUUCCUUUAAUGUUUCUGUAAAGAACCUGCGGCAGCAGCUCAACACCCUUGAGUCUGACAGCGUGAACUGGGAUUCCAAAGCUGAAAAGUAUGAGGAAGAUUUGUCGCACAUCCUCUACUUCUGCACCACAAAAGACGAGAUACGUGAGCUCAGAGAAUCAUUUAAAGACCUCAAAAAGAAAUUCAAUAACAUGAAAUUCAACUAUAGCAAGAAAACUGAAAAAGCGCGAAAUCUGAAGACUCUUAGAAUUCAGAUUCAGCAAGUUGAUGCGUAUUCUGAAAAAAUGCAGGUACUGAGAAAGAAGACCGAUAAUCUAAAGAAGAAAAUCUUAGAUUCCUUAGCAACUCAGCCUAGUGAUAAAGCCGAGAUACUCUCUGGCUCAAUCAACGAAUUAGAAAAACAGCUGAGUGUAUUUGGCAAGAUUAUGGAGGAUUACAAACAGAAUUUAGAUCUGAUGGAGCGCCUGCAGCAGAUGAUGGAAGAGUGUCUGUUUUGGUGUGAAGAAGCAAGUGCUACAGUAGUCAGGGUUGAAAAAUAUUCAUCAGAGUGUAAGACGAGGGAGGCAGUAGAAACACUUUACAAGCAAUUCAACAAGUUUGUUGAGCCAAUAGUCCCUCAGCAAGAGGAAAGAAUUCAACAGAUUACAAACCUCGCUAAAGAUUUAUAUGGUAAUGAAGAUGGAAAGAAAUACAUUGAGAAAAUAGCAGCGAAACACAAAGAAGUUCUUGAUUCUAUCAGUGAACUGUGUAGCUCCUUAACAGAACUUGAAGACAAGCUUGGGGAAGACUCACUAAAGGGAAAAGCACAAAAUUUUGAGGAUGAGCAAGAAGCAGAACAGAAACAGGUGACAAACAAGGAAAAUCUAAAAGAAAAGACAAAUGAGCUAAAACAGCAGAUGGAGAUGAGCACAUUAGCAGAAAGCCCAGUUGCAACUAAGACCGUGAAUACUGUUGCCUCUGCCAACACUAGAAAGGAAGAGACGAUAUUGGCUGAUAUUUCAGUUGUCUGCUCAGCUGGUGAGGAUUCUGUUUCACGAGACACAGAUCUCCUCUUGUCUUCUGCCAAAGAGGAUAGCUUUCAGGCCGAGCUGUUGGCAGAAGAAGUGCCCUCUGGAGAUGAAUAUGAGUGUAUAUCUCCUGAUGAUAUCUCUCUGCCACCGCUUUCUGAGACACCAGAGUCCAACCUUCUGCAUUCUGAAACAGAGCUAGAAGAGCCAUCUUGCUGUAGCUCACGUAGCCUGCAUGUCAGCUCCUAUAGCGUGCAAAUGCAGAUAAAUGCUGGCGGCAAAAGAAUGACGGAUGAAUGCGAUCCUUUAACCUCCGUUGCUUACGCUGACAUGCCUGGUCACAAAAAGGAACACACGUCAGAUCAGCCAUGGAGAUUUUCUUCCUCUACCCUAAGCUACCACUCAAAACACAAAGCAGAGUCCCCUUUUGCUCACAGUCCACCAGAAAUGCCCGAGGCCAGCCCCCUCACAUGCAUGCUCAAGGCAGAGCCUACCUAUUGCAUGAUGAGUGAAGUGUGUGAGACCCGUUUGCAACGCCACGAGGUCCACAGAAGCAUGACAGAAGCACAGGGACAAUUGCAUGACGGAAAUAACUUCACUAAAAGCCAAGAUAGGCUGCAUGCUUCACCCAACGCAUUCUCAGAUCUCCUGUUUCAAUCAGACACCACCAGAAGCUGCCAGAGGCAGAUGGUCACCCGAGAAGAGAUUAAAAGUAUAUCUGAAAAGAACAGCAUGGUCAGCCUUUGUGGACAGGCGCCUAACUUCUCCAAGCUUCUGUCUAAUGUAACUGUCAUGGAAGGUUCUCCGGUGACUUUGGAAGUAGAAGUAACAGGAUUCCCAGAGCCAACACUGACCUGGUACAAGAAGGGCCAGAAAGUGACUGGAGAUGAGCACUUAAAAAUCUCACACAAGGACACAAAGUAUGCUUUGUUCAUUGAGAAGGUGUGUGACACAGACGCUGGCCUCUAUGUGGUCCGGGCUAAAAAUUCUAGUGGCACGGUCUCCUCAAGUGCCAUCCUCCAGGUGCAAGGUAACAAGCCACCUAUAAAAAGAAUAGACUGGAUAAUCAUCUGUGCCCUCUACUUGGUUGUUUCACUUGCGUACUGGCUGUUCACUUAACGCAGCAACACACCAGCAUCACAAGACUUUAACUUUCACACUUGGAGACGACAGCAAAUGGCCGCCUUUCGCUGCACCUCACAUCCCUUUCACCCCCUUUGGUUAUGAGUCACUUUGAAUAUAGUGCUUCUGCUGAUAUUAAUAUCACAGCUACACUGGUUGUCAUUAUUCAUUCAUUACUAUAUCAUUGUUACUUGGGGGUGGGGGAAGAGAUUUGUAAAGACACAUAGUAGGUUUUUGUGCUUUAGAACUCAACACAAGCAAUAAAAAAAGAGAAAUGUAUUAUUUAUGGGUUACAAUUGGAUUGCAGACAUCCACUUCAAUUUAUCUCCUGUUUUUUAAUAAUAAUAAUAAUAAUAAUAAUAAUAAUAAUAAUAAUAAUAAUAAUAAUACUGUGAAUGUUUUAAUGAAAAUGCACCAAGGUUUCAUACACUUAGAAUAUUUAUAGCCUAAUCCAAAGGGCUUUACUCCCAUUGUCUCAAUCUGUGCAACAACUCUGCAAGGUAGGACAGUAUUUUUAUUAUCCCCAUGUUGCAAGCUGUGCUGGGUGAGACUGGAAGAAUAGUGGUUUGCUCAAGACCCAUGUAGAAGCCUUUGAACAGAGGAUUUCUAGCUUGCAGCUCAGACACUUAAGACAAUGCACAAUGCUAGGUUUUGCCAAUUUCAGAUUGUAUGUCAACUUGUCAAAGUGAGAAGAUACGAAAAUAGUUGUUGCAUUAAUUAUUUUAAUUCACUCUUGAAUAUUUUCAAAUAGAACAAGAAAUUCAGAAUGAUGUUUAAAAGGAGGAGAAAUGCUUGUGGGUGAUGUGGUGUAGGUAGUUUAAAACAUGAUAAAAUACAAAGCAAAUAAAAUGUUGAUGAGUAUGCCCUUGCUAAAGUAAUAAGGAAGGAGUAAUACUUUUUAAAGCAAGUUAAGAGUCUUAGAAGGAAUUUGAUUGGAAAUUGCAUUUCUUUUAUUUUUAAAUGUGGGAGCCAGAGCAACACUGUAUUAUUAGAAUUUCUUGCCUUGAAGGAUGUAAUAUCUUUGAUUCAUAGAAUAAUAUAUUGCCAGUUUUGACAAAGGUAAGGGGAGGGGAAUGAUGCUAUUUAAAGGGAGAGUUCACUUGUACAUUUUCACCAAAUUCAAAUGACAUGUUGAUCAUCGUUAAUUCCUUCCGUUUCCUACGAAGAGGAGACAUACAUAUAUGGUAUCUAUGUGGUUUAAAAAAUCAUUGAUAAAUAUUAGUGUAACUUUUUUUUCUUGGAGAAUAACUUUCUUCUUUCUUAUAAUGACUGCUUUGAGGGAAAUUAAUAUUUUUAAAGAAAUCCAAUCUCUUAAAAGAAAAUUACAAUACGAAAAUAAA